GGGCAUCGCGGGCGUCGACGACAGUGUGUGCGCGCAAGCUGGACCCUGCUGCGCACGCAUACUACAGAGCAGACCCCAGCGGCAGACUCGCUCCACCUUGCCGCGGUUUCGUGUUGCAAACCUCGCUCACUAUCCCUCCCUCCCCUGCGUGUUUUUCAACCUGCGACUGCCACUGCGCGAUCUUUUUCUUCUCUACCUGUGGGAUCAAGUUGGGAAAUUCUCGUACUUGACACAGAGGGGGAGAGAGCGAGCAAGAGAGAAACAGUGCUGAAGCGCUCAACGAAGUAUAUUGAGGAGUUGUCAGAGCUCAUGAGAUAGUGUUCAUAUCAGCAGAUUCGUUUGCGGAGUGGGGGCUGGAGGAGUGCUGGUGUAGAGCUUUCAGGCUUGGUGGAGAUUUGUUGUGGUCGAAUUGAGGUGGUGCAAGCGGUAGUUGGUGUCUAAGGGUGGGGUUUUACACGCUGAUAGCUGCUUAAUCGACCGAGGUUGGCAAGGCUUUAUGUUGGUACAAUUUAGGGUAGCAUCAGAAUCUGUUUUCUGAUUUUCAUGGUGGAGAGCUAGCAGAGCUCACAAAGGGUGUACGCAGCCAUGGCGUCGCCAACAAGGCCGAAACUUUCCAUGUCUGGUAACAAGUCGUUUCGGAACUAUAGCAUUCCGCGGGGAGGAAGUCCCCGCCUAGAGAGGUCGACUUCGCCAGCGUCGACGGGUCAUGCUCGGCGAACCUCAAGCGGUCGCUAUGCGGGGUACUCCCGCGACGAAAGCGAGCUGGGCGGGGAAGUGACGUCGGAGUUUGCAUAUAGUGUGCAAAUCCCAGCCACUCCCGAUUUCCAGUACAUGUCUGGUACUAGCAUGUCCGGCACAUCGCCCAGCGUGCGACCCAUGAGCCCAGCCAUCGCCGGGAAGGCCGAGCAGCAGUUUGUUUCCAGCACCAUCUUCACGGGUGGGUUUGAAACAGUGACCAGAGGUCAUGUUAUGGACAAAAUGAUGGAGAUCGAGGGGAAUCACCCCCAGCUAGCUUGCGCCCCGGGCACCAUCUGCGGCGUGGUAGGGUGCGACGGCAAAUCACUUCGUGACGAACGGGGGGAGGAGCUGUUCCCCUGUGAGUGCAAGUUUCGUAUCUGUCGAGAUUGCUAUUUGGACGCGCUGGCCACGCCCUCCGCUCGAUGCCCGGGCUGCAAGGAGGAUUAUAAAACACCCGAUGAAAGCCCUCGCGCCGGCAACUUCCAACGUUUGCCCACUCUCAGCGAGCGAGCAGCUAGAAUGGAGCGACGGUUAUCUCUCCUGAGAAAUGCCAAGCCCGGCAGCCAAAGUCUCAUGCAAAACAACGCAUACUCGGACUUCGACCAUUCCCGAUGGUUGUACGAGACCAAGGGCACCUACGGAUACGGCAAUGCCGUCUGGCCAAAAGACAAUGGUUACUCUGGUGGCGGGGGUGGCACUGACACUGGUAUGGGCACUGGUCCCCCAAAUUUUGUCGACAAGUCCAAGAAGCCUCUCUCAAGAAAAGCUCCAAUCUCUCCUGGCAUCCUCAGUCCUUACAGGCUCCUCGUGGUGAUUCGAAUGGUUGUGCUAGGGCUCUUCCUCACUUGGCGGGUGCGGCACAACAAUCCAGACGCAAUGUGGCUGUGGGGAAUGUCGAUUGUGUGUGAGAUUUGGUUCGCCUUCUCAUGGAUUUUGGAUCAGCUGCCGAAGUUGAGCCCCAUAAACAGGAUGACGGAUCUUAAAGUCUUGAAGGAAAAGUUUGAGUCUCCAUCACCGGCAAAUCCAGAUGGUCGCUCAGACCUCCCCGGAGUCGACGUUUUCGUCUCCUCUGCUGACCCUGAGAAAGAACCUCCACUCACCACAGGAAACACCAUUCUCUCUAUUUUAGCUGCUGAUUAUCCUCUCGAGAAACUCUCCUGCUACUUGUCUGAUGAUGGUGGUUCUCUGCUAUCCUUCGAAGCCUUGGCAGAAGCUGCCAGUUUCUCCCGUAUCUGGGUACCUUUCUGCCGAAAGCAUGACAUUGAGCCCCGCAACCCUGAAACUUAUUUCCUCCUGAAAGGCGAUCCAACGAAGGGCAAGAGUCGUCCAGACUUCGUGAAAGACCGCCGGCGAGUGAAGCGUGAAUAUGAUGAGUUCAAGGUGCGUAUCAAUGGCCUUCCGGAUGCCAUCCGCCGCAGGUCAGACGCUUACAAUGCUCACGAAGAGCUUCGUGCCAAGCGGGAUCAGUUUGAGAUUGGGCUCGAUCCUUACGAACCACUCAAUGUGCCCAAAGCUACGUGGAUGGCGGAUGGGACGCACUGGCCAGGCACUUGGACACAGGCUGGCAAAGAACACGGUCGUGGCGACCACGCCGGAAUUAUUCAGGUAAUGCUAGCCCCGCCCACGUACGAGCCACUUAUGGGAAGCCCAGAGUCCGAAGAGAACAUUAUCGACACCUCGGACGUCGAUAUACGGCUUCCCAUGUUGGUGUACGUCUCCCGAGAGAAGCGUCCCAAGUACGACCACAACAAGAAAGCUGGUGCCAUGAACGCGCUUGUGCGUUCCAGCGCCAUCAUGUCUAACGGGCCGUUCAUUCUGAAUCUGGACUGCGACCACUACAUUUACAACUCUCUUGCACUGCGGGAGGCGAUGUGCUUCUUCAUGGACAGGGGCGGUGACCGCUUGUGCUACAUCCAGUUUCCCCAGAGGUUCGAAGGCGUAGACCCUAACGAUCGAUACGCGAAUCACAAUACCGUCUUCUUCGACGUCAAUAUGAGGGCACUAGAUGGGCUUCAGGGACCUGUGUACGUGGGCACGGGGUGCGUCUUUCGGAGGACUGCCCUCUAUGGGUUUGAUCCUCCCCGUUACAAAGAACAUCCAGGUCUGUGGGAGACCAUCUGCUGCGGUGGAAAGAAAAAGAGGAAGAGAGUUGCACCCAGGCGGGAAGUAGAGGUCGACAGCGCGUUGCAUGGUGCAAUUACGGUGGCCGAGGAAGAAGAAGAACUCGAAGCUAUGAUGUUACCGAAGCGAUUUGGGGACUCCGCAUCAUUUGUUGCGUCGAUUCCAAUUGCCCAGUUCCAGGGGCGCCCCCUCGCAGACCCCGGUGUGAAAAACGGUCGCCCAGCAGGUGCUUUGACUGUUGCUCGAGAGCCCCUGGACGCAUCCACAAUCGCAGAGGCAAUCAAUGUGAUCUCCUGCUACUUCGAGGACAAGACCGAGUGGGGAGGGCGUGUAGGGUGGAUUUAUGGGUCUGUGACGGAGGAUGUUGUCACAGGGUACCGGAUGCAUAAUCGUGGCUGGCGAUCGAUUUACUGCGUGACAAAGCGUGAUGCGUUUCGUGGAACCGCGCCCAUUAAUCUGACUGAUCGGCUGCACCAGGUACUGCGGUGGGCAACAGGGUCGGUUGAAAUCUUUUUCUCCCGCAACAACGCCCUUUUCGGAAGCCCACGAUUGAAACUAUUGCAGCGCGUUGCGUAUCUGAAUGUCGGCAUCUACCCCUUCACAUCAAUCUUCCUCCUCUGUUACUGUUUCCUUCCCGCCCUUUCCCUCUUCUCCGGCCAGUUUAUCGUGUACCAGCUCAACAUCACCUUCCUCGUCUACCUCCUCACCAUCACCAUCACCUUGUGUAUGCUUGCUCUUCUCGAGGUCAAGUGGUCUGGCAUCACGCUGGAGGAAUGGUGGCGAAAUGAGCAAUUCUGGGUGAUCGGUGGCACGAGCGCUCACUUAGCUGCCGUCUUUCAGGGUUUCCUGAAAGUCAUCGCCGGGGUCGACAUCUCCUUCACGCUUACAUCCAAGGCAACUGGGGACGAGGGGGAUGACGAGUUUGCCGAUCUGUACGUGGUGAAGUGGAGCGCUCUCAUGAUCCCUCCCAUCACCAUCAUGAUCACCAACGUAGUGGCUAUUGCGGUGGGCACCUCGCGCCAGAUUUACAGCACCAUCCCGGAGUGGAGCAAGCUCAUCGGCGGCGUCUUCUUCUCCUUGUGGGUGCUCUCUCAUCUCUACCCCUUUGCCAAGGGCCUCAUGGGCCGCAAGGGCAAAACUCCGACCAUUAUCUACGUGUGGUCAGGUUUGCUCUCCGUCAUCAUCUCCCUCAUGUGGGUGUAUAUAAAUCCGCCUUCAGGAACUUCUGUCACUGGGGGCGGCCUCUCCUUUCCUUGAAAAUUCUUUAGCAAAUUUCCAACAGAAAUUUGCACAGCAUAGCUACCGCUAACUUGCCCGACAUUGGACUAGCAUCGGACCAGCUCACUUUCAGCUUAUCACUUCCGGUCCCUUGCACGCACACAUGCCUUGAGGAUUGCAAAACUGGACUCGGAGAGAUCCAGUGCGGCUGUAUCGAAAAUUGUGGGAACUGACCCAGAGUAAGGAAUUCUGGUGCACAUCAUUUUUCUGCUGUGAGCCGCAAAGAAGGAUCUUGAGAAACGAAAAACAAGCGGAGCAAGCACGCGGCGUUGAGAACUGCAGGUGCCGGUCAUAACCACUGACGAAUCAUCGCCCCUCGCAGUGUAGAUUGCUCAUUGCGAACGGUGAUUAAUGCGAUCCUCAUGCAUCGAGUUCGGUAAGAUGAACCUUAGGCAUUCAAGUCCAUGGGCCUAGCGCGUUGCAUCUUCUGUAGAGUUGAUCAUUUGUUCAAUAAAAAAUUUGACCCAGUUUUGAAACCUCAAACUCUGAUCCUAAUUUGCUGUGCCUAAAUGCUAAGCUACAGUUUAUAACUGCCACGUAGAAGUAGAUAUGCAGAUUAAAGAUAAGCUUUCCAAGUGGCUUCUAUAUUCUGAAAGAGAUCGUGUCGCACAUGACGAUUCUUUUGCUUCAGUCAUUUUCGAAAUGUUCUGUGAGCCACUGAAGUUCUCUCGAACGCUUUUAUAACAUGUGAUCAAUUAAGUUGCCAAAUUUGGUAGCAUUUUUCGUCCUUC